AGAAAUAUAUUUCUUUGUUUUGGUAAUUGUACUGAAUUUGCUUGCAUAAUAUAUGCACUAUGCCUAGAUAAAGAGGAUGGAUGGCUCAGGCCAAAGGGACUUCGGCUUCGCGCUACAGUAACGCACACUAUUUAGCACUGUGCGUUAUUGUAGCACGAAAUCGGAACAGAUACCAAAAUCUCAAAAUGAAUUGGGAAGGAGGUGAAUCCAAAAAAUUGGCUCCCCAUGGUUUCAGCUCCACUUGCUACAGUUGCGAAGUCAAAGGCCCCCUAAGCCAUACCAAAUGAGUCCUUACGACCCCUUACUCAUUUCAUUCACAUAUAUCACUUCCCAUGUUGUUGGACAACAAUGGGAUGGCACCUUGAACUAGUAAGACACAAUAAGAACCACAAGUAUACGUCAUCUACUACUAUUUUUGGAACCAAGUUGUGCAUUACCCCCUCCCAACCAUUGAUAACACAUCCUUGGCUAAAUUAAGCCAACCAAAGACAACCACAAAACUUCUUAUAAAUACGGACCACUUACCCACAUUCCCAAAUCACCUCCACAUUCAACACCUCCUCUCCUCCACCACUGACCAAUAACCCCGGCUGCCGCCGCCGCCGCAACCUUCACAGCAGCCGGGGGCAACCAUGGGUGCCUGUGCAACCAAGCCCAAGACGCUAGAGGGGAAGGCCCCCGCCGAGGCCCCCAUCUCCACACCCAAGGUUACACCCGAGACCACCGUCCCCACCGAGGUUGCGGCUGAACAUGUGGUUGAGAAGGUGGUGGAGGAGGCCAAGGAGGAGCCGGCGGCGGCAGCGGUAACAGAGCCGCCUGCCACCGCCGAGCCCGAGCAGAAGGCUGAGGCAACACCAGAGGCGAUCGUCGAGCCCGAGCACAAGGAGGAGCAAGUCUUGGAGAAGAUCGUUGAGGAGGAUCAGAAGCCUGCAGCCCCUGUCGAGGAGAAGACCGCCGCUGCCAUUGAGGUGGCGGAGGAGCCCACGGAGGUGAAGAAGGACGCCGGGGAGGAAGAGGAGGAGAAGCCGACGCAGAGCUGACCGACUGUCCAUGGCGUCAGUUGGCUCCUGCCUGAAAUCUCUAGAGUCGUCGGCUUAUAUAUAGCUCGGGAGAGAGAUCCACUGCGUGUAACAUUCUUUGAUGCCUCCCGUUUUUCCUCCACGGGGUUCUGAUAAACGAUAUUAUUGGGCUUAUUAUUGAACAUCUUGGUCCCUAA